AGAAAAAUAAACCAAUAUGAAAAAUGAAUCAACACUAUACCCCACAACCAAAUGUAAAUAAUACAACAAUAAAUCAUUAUUCAUUAAGAUCCUCACAUUCUGGCACUGUCGUAAUUGGGGGCAUCGAUUUUCACAGAGUUAUUAUAGGUAAAAAAAGAAUUGUUAAAUUUACACUGGCAAAUACUGAUACAAAACCAUUUAUAAUUACAAACUUAUUUUUACAACAAUCAAUGAAACCAUUCAACUCGCCUAAUCGUUAUAAUAAUGAUAAAACAAUAAAUGGACAUAAUAAUACAUUUAAUUAUACUAAUGCUAAUAAUCCAAACUAUAACACCAGUCCAUCAUCACCAUCAAAUAACUUUCACCACCAACCACAAGAAAUAUUUCAAAUUGUAUCAAAUUUUACAUUUCCAAUCAUUGUUUCACCAAAUGAUGAAUUUGAAAGUAAUAUAUCGUUUAUACCACCAUAUCCCGGUAGAUUUACUGCAUUGUUAUCAAUAACAUCUAACGAUUACUCUGUACCAAGAAUACAGCAAAUAUUGUUAAAUGGCGAGGGCGAUAUACCAUCUUCCCCAUCCCAAAUAAUCUAUACUGACAAUCAAGUACCACUUGUUAUAGAUACUCCAAAGAUAAUGGAUUUUAAUCCUUUUGAAAAUACUACUACAUAUCAAAGUAAUAACAAUCAAACAAAUAUAUUUAAAACACCAGGUGGUAAUUUAUUAAGUAAUAUUAAUAUAAGUAAUAAUAAAAGUCCCGCUCAUUCAUCAAACUCAAUGCUAUUUUACGAUUGUGAUAUUGGUCAAAAUGAUUUUAUAUCUACCCAAUUUAAUAAUAAUAAUAGUAGCGGCAACAACAGUAAUAGCAAUAAUAAUCAUAACCAACAAUCUAAUAAUCAAAAGUUUAAUAACAAUAUCAAUAAUAUGAAAAAUAAUCAAAAUAAUCAAAAUAAUAUAGUUACAUCUAAUAAAAAAACAAACACACAUUUUACACCAAAUGGAAACAAUGUAACAUCAUCAAAAAAAGAAAAGAAAAGUGUUAGCUUUAGCCCAUUAGUUCCAGAGAAUAAGGAUCAAGAUGAUGUUGAUGAAAUCUCAUUUCAAGAGAAUCAUAAUAAUUCAAAUAAUAAUAAUAAUAUAAGUGAUAAUUAUAUAAACAAUAGAAUUUCAAAAUACACUCCUUUUAAUGAUAAUAACAGCCCACAAAUAAAUUUAAAGAGUAAAAGUAAUAACAAUACUAAUGGUAAUAGCAACACAAUUGAUGAAAAAUUUCAACAACUUGAAAAUAAAAUAUUAGAACUCUCAAAAAAAAUUAAUCAAAGUAACUCUAUGGAUUUAAAUGAUCAUAGUAUUAAAAAUAAAAAAUCACCAAUAAUAAAAAAUAACAAUAAUAAUAUUAUCAAUAAUAAUAAUAAUAACAACAUCAAUAAAGAUAAAUUUCAAAAAGUAAACCAACCAAUUCAGGUAGAAACUAUUAAUCCACAAAACCAGUAUCCAAUCGAUUAUCUACAUCCACACCAACCAACAAAUCAACAGUUUAAACCAAAACCAGAAUUUUUCAUCCCACAACAAAACCCGGACGAUUCCGAAGAAAUUAAAUUAUCAGAAAGUGCCACAGAUUUGUUAAAAAAUAUGCAAAAUACACCAUUACCAAAAGGUCAAACCCCAGCAGCAAUUAAAAACUUUUUAAAAAGAGAUCCAGACGAAAACUUUUCACCUUUACUAAAUCGUUUAAAUCGCUUUGAUCAAGCCCAAACUCCGUUUGCUCCAAGAACAAGACAAAAUAUAUAA